AUGCGCGGGCGUCCUGCGAGCCCGCUGAGGCGAGCCGAGCCGCGGCGGCGCGGGGAGCGGAGCCGCGGUGCUGGGAGGAACCGAGACCCGGCGCGGGAGCGGCGGCGACGGACAGGUGACGAGCCCUCGCCCGCGUCGCCCGGGGCUGCUGCGCCACCCACGGAGCCUUGCGGUUCAGACGUGGCGGCGGUAGCAGUGGCAUCCCGGACGGCCUUGAUUUGCAGCUUUCGAGGAUCUGUGCCUCAAGGGUUGGUCUUAGAAAUAGGAGAAACAGUCCAGAUUCUUGAAAAAUGUGAAGGUUGGUACAGAGGAGUUUCAACAAAGAAGCCAAAUGUGAAGGGGAUCUUUCCGGCAAAUUACAUUCACUUGAAAAAGGCAAUUGUCAGUAAUAGGGGGCAGUAUGAAACUGUGGUUCCACUUGAAGAUUCUGUAGUGACUGAGGUCACAGCAACUCUACAGGAAUGGGCCAGUCUGUGGAAACAACUAUAUGUGAAACACAAAGUAGAUCUUUUCUACAAACUACGCCAUGUGAUGAAUGAACUAAUUGACCUGCGAAGGCAGCUACUGUCUGGUCAUCUGACUCAGGACCAGGUGCGGGAGGUUAAGCGGCACAUCACCGUGCGCCUGGACUGGGGUAAUGAGCAUUUGGGCCUGGACCUGGUGCCUCGGAAGGACUUUGAAGUAGUGGAUUCGGACCAGAUUAGUGUCUCAGAUCUCUAUAAAAUGCAUUUAUCUAGCCGACAGAGUGUACAGCAGAGCACGUCCCAGGUAGAUACAAUGCGCCCACGUCAUGGAGAAACCUGUCGGAUGCCAGUGCCACAUCACUUCUUCCUCAGCCUAAAGAGUUUCACCUACAAUACCAUUGGAGAAGAUACCGAUGUCUUCUUUUCCUUAUAUGACAUGAGAGAAGGCAAGCAGAUAAGUGAGCGGUUUCUGGUGAGACUGAACAAGAAUGGUGGGCCAAGGAACCCAGAGAAGAUAGAACGAAUGUGUGCCCUUUUUACAGAUCUGAGCAGCAAAGAUAUGAAGAGAGAUUUGUAUAUAGUUGCCCACGUGAUCCGAAUAGGCCGGAUGCUCCUGAAUGACUCAAAGAAGGGCCCUGCUCAUCUGCACUACAGGCGACCAUAUGGCUGUGCAGUCCUAAGCAUCUUGGAUGUCCUACAAUCACUCACAGAAUUAAAGGAAGAAAAGGAUUUUGUUCUUAAAGUUUACACGUGCAACAAUGAGAGUGAGUGGUCCCAGAUCCAUGAGAACAUCAUCCGAAAGUCCAGUGCCAAGUACUCUGCCCCCAGCGCCAGCCAUGGUCUUAUCAUUGCUCUACAGCUUCUUCGUGGCGACAUGGAACAGAUUCGGAGAGAAAAUCCCAUGAUAUUUAAUAGGGGAUUGGCAAUAACAAGAAAAUUGGGAUUUCCUGAUGUCAUUAUGCCAGGUGAUAUCCGCAAUGACCUGUACCUAACCCUGGAGAAGGGAGAUUUCGAGAGAGGAGGAAAGAGUGUUCAAAAGAAUAUUGAAGUGACCAUGUAUGUACUUUAUGCGGAUGGAGAAAUCUUGAAGGAUUGCAUCAGCUUGGGUUCAGGAGAGCCAAAUAGGAGUUCCUACCACUCCUUUGUCCUCUACCACAGUAACAGUCCUCGUUGGGGAGAAAUUAUCAAAUUGCCCAUCCCCAUUGACCGUUUCCGGGGCUCUCACCUGCGCUUCGAGUUCAGACAUUGUUCUACAAAGGACAAAGGGGAAAAGAAACUCUUUGGCUUUGCAUUCUCACCCCUGAUGCGUGACGAUGGCACUACCCUCUCAGAUGAUAUUCACGAGCUUUAUGUGUACAAGUGCGAUGAGAAUAGCACAUUUAACAACCAUGCUCUGUACCUGGGCCUGCCCUGCUGCAAAGAAGACUACAAUGGCUGCCCUAAUAUCCCCUCCAGCCUCAUCUUCCAGCGCAGCACCAAAGAGUCUUUCUUUAUUUCCACUCAGCUCUCCUCUACCAAACUCACCCAGAAUGUGGACCUCCUUGCUCUACUAAAAUGGAAGGCCUUCCCAGACCGGAUUAUGGAUGUCCUAGGACGGCUGCGGCAUGUCAGUGGGGAGGAAAUUGUUAAGUUUCUUCAGGACAUCUUGGAUACACUCUUUGUGAUUCUGGAUGAUAAUACAGAGAAAUAUGGCCUGUUGGUUUUUCAGUCUCUGGUAUUCAUCAUCAACCUGCUCCGAGACAUCAAGUAUUUUCAUUUCCGACCCGUGAUGGACACAUAUAUCCAGAAGCACUUUGCUGGAGCUCUGGCAUACAAGGAGCUCAUCCGCUGUUUGAAGUGGUAUAUGGACUGCUCAGCAGAACUAAUUCGGCAGGACCACAUUCAAGAAGCCAUGCGGGCUUUGGAGUACCUUUUCAAGUUCAUUGUGCAGUCGCGGAUCCUGUACUCACGAGCCACAUGUGGGAUGGAAGAGGAGCAAUUCCGAUCCAGCAUCCAAGAACUUUUCCAAUCCAUCCGGUUUGUGCUCAGUCUGGACAGCAGAAACUCAGAAACACUUCUUUUCACUCAGGCUGCACUCCUCAAUUCUUUCCCCACCAUUUUUGAUGAGCUGUUACAAAUGUUCACCGUACAAGAGGUGGCAGAGUUUGUGAGAGGGACACUGGGGAGCAUGCCAAGCACUGUGCACAUCGGGCAGUCGAUGGAUGUGGUCAAGCUGCAAUCCAUAGCCAGGACAGUGGACAGCCGCCUAUUUUCUUUCUCAGAAUCCCGCCGCAUCCUGCUUCCUGUGGUUCUCCAUCACAUUCACCUUCACCUGAGGCAGCAGAAAGAGCUGCUAAUUUGCUCAGGGAUUCUCAGCAGUAUCUUCUCCAUCGUCAAGACCAGCUCUCUGGAGGCAGAUGUCAUGGAGGAAGUAGAGAUGAUGGUGGAGAGCCUCCUAGAUGUGCUCUUGCAGACUCUGCUUACCAUCAUGAGCAAAUCGCACGCUCAGGAGGCGGUAAGAGGGCAGCGGUGCCCGCAGUGCACAGCCGAGAUCACUGGCGAGUAUGUAUCCUGCCUUCUCUCACUGCUCCGCCAGAUGUGUGACACCCAUUUCCAGCACCUCCUGGACAACUUCCAGAGCAAAGAUGAACUCAAGGAAUUCUUGCUGAAGAUUUUCUGUGUGUUCCGGAACCUGAUGAAGAUGAGCGUCUUCCCUCGGGACUGGAUGGUAAUGAGACUGCUCACAAGCAAUAUUAUAGUCACUACUGUCCAGUACCUGUCCUCUGCACUACACAAGAAUUUCACAGAGACAGACUUUGACUUUAAGGUGUGGAAUUCUUAUUUUAGCCUGGCAGUUCUGUUCAUAAAUCAGCCGAGCCUUCAGCUAGAAAUCAUCACUUCAGCCAAAAGGAAGAAGAUUCUAGAUAAGUAUGGGGACAUGCGUGUGAUGAUGGCUUAUGAACUCUUCAGCAUGUGGCAGAAUUUGGGUGAACAUAAGAUCCACUUUAUUCCGGGAAUGAUUGGUCCUUUUCUGGGUGUGACGCUGGUACCACAACCAGAAGUGCGGAACAUCAUGAUUCCCAUCUUUCAUGACAUGAUGGACUGGGAGCAGAGGAAGAAUGGCAACUUCAAACAGGGCCACCACUUCAUAAUGUGGGUGCUUAUCUGUGCUCUGUCUUACAGGGACUGCAUGAAAGGAGAGGAAACAGAGAAUAAGAAGAUCGGCUGUACUGUUAACCUGAUGAACUUUUACAAAUCUGAGAUUAACAAAGAAGAGAUGUAUAUCCGUUACAUCCAUAAGCUUUGUGACAUGCACUUGCAGGCUGAAAACUACACAGAGGCUGCAUUCACCCUGCUCCUUUACUGUGAGCUGCUGCAGUGGGAGGAUCGGCCACUGCGGGAAUUCCUCCACUACCCAUCACAGACAGAGUGGCAGCGGAAAGAGGGACUGUGCCGGAAGAUCAUUCACUACUUCAACAAAGGCAAGAGCUGGGAGUUUGGGAUCCCACUGUGCAGGGAGCUGGCAUGUCAGUAUGAGAGCCUCUACGAUUAUCAGAGCCUCAGCUGGAUUCGGAAAAUGGAGGCCAGCUACUAUGACAACAUUAUGGAGCAGCAACGCCUGGAACCUGAGUUCUUUCGAGUUGGCUUCUAUGGCAGGAAGUUUCCUUUCUUCCUUCGGAACAAAGAAUACGUGUGCCGUGGCCAUGACUACGAGAGGUUGGAGGCCUUCCAGCAGAGGAUGCUCAGCGAGUUCCCACAGGCUGUCGCCAUGCAGCACCCCAACCAUCCUGACGAUGCCAUCCUACAGUGUGAUGCCCAGUACUUGCAGAUCUAUGCAGUGACGCCCAUUCCAGAUUAUGUGGAUGUUCUACAGAUGGAUAGGGUCCCAGAUCGUGUCAAGAGCUUCUAUCGCGUCAACAAUGUGAGGAAGUUCCGGUACGACAGGCCUUUUCACAAAGGCCCCAAGGACAAGGAGAAUGAAUUCAAGAGCCUAUGGAUUGAGCGUACCACACUGACCCUGACCCACAGCUUACCUGGCAUCUCUCGAUGGUUCGAAGUGGAGAGGAGGGAACUGGUGGAGGUAAGCCCUCUAGAGAAUGCCAUCCAAGUAGUUGAGAAUAAGAACCAGGAGCUACGGGCCCUGAUCAGCCAGUAUCAACAUAAGCAAGUACAUGGCAACAUCAACCUGCUCAGCAUGUGCCUGAACGGUGUCAUUGAUGCAGCUGUCAAUGGAGGCAUUGCGCGCUACCAGGAGGCAUUCUUUGAUAAAGAUUAUAUCAUCAAACACCCAGGAGAUGCUGAGAAGAUCACCCAGCUCAAGGAGCUCAUGCAGGAGCAGGUCCAUGUCCUUGGAGUCGGGCUAGCAGUUCAUGAGAAGUUUGUGCACCCAGAAAUGAGGCCUCUGCAUAAGAAGCUGAUUGAUCAGUUCCAGAUGAUGCGGGCCAGUCUCUACCAUGAGUUUCCAGGUUUGGAUAAGCUAAGCCCUGCAUGUUCAGGCACCAGCACCCCACGGGGAAAUGUUCUGGCAUCUCAUAGCCCCUUGAGUCCUGAGAGCAUCAAGAUGACUCACCGGCACAGCCCCAUGAACUUGAUGGGCACAGGCCGCCAUUCAUCAUCCUCUCUCUCCUCACAUGCGUCUAGUGAAGCAGGCAACAUGGUGAUGCUAGGCGACAGCUCCAUGGGCGAGGCUCCCGAGGACUUGUACCACCACAUGCAGCUCGCGUAUCCCAACCCCAGGUACCAGGGCUCAGUCACCAACGUCUCUGUUCUGUCCUCGUCCCAGGCAAGCCCUUCUUCUUCCAGCCUGAGUUCCACUCACUCUGCACCAUCCCAGAUGAUUACCUCUGCCCCUUCCAGUGCCCGAGGCUCUCCCUCUCUGCCAGAUAAGUACCGCCAUGCCCGGGAAAUGAUGUUGCUGCUGCCCACACACCGGGACCGUCCGAGCAGUGCCAUGUAUCCAGCAGCCAUCCUGGAGAACGGACAGCCACCAAAUUUCCAACGGGCCUUGUUCCAGCAAGUGGUCGGAGCCUGCAAACCCUGCAGUGAUCCCAAUCUGUCUGUGGCUGAAAAAGGUCAUUAUUCCCUACACUUCGACGCCUUCCACCACCCUCUGGGUGAUACCCCCCCGGCCCUCCCUGCCCGGACCCUGCGCAAGUCUCCUCUGCACCCCAUCCCAGCCUCCCCCACAAGCCCCCAGUCAGGUCUGGACGGCAGCAACUCUACACUGUCCGGCAGUGCCAGCAGUGGUGUGUCCUCCUUGAGCGAGAGUAACUUUGGGCACUCCUCAGAGGCCCCACCUCGCACUGACACCAUGGACUCCAUGCCAAGCCAGGCCUGGAAUGCUGACGAAGAUCUUGAGCCACCCUACCUCCCUGUCCACUACAGCCUCUCCGAAUCUGCUGUCCUGGAUUCCAUCAAGGCCCAACCAUGCAGAAGCCACUCAGCCCCAGGGUGCGUCAUCCCUCAAGACCCCCUGGACCCGCCUGCGCUGCCACCCAAGCCCUACCACCCCCGCCUGCCAGCCCUGGAGCAUGAUGAGGGGGUGCUGCUUCGCGAAGAGACUGAGAGGCCUCGGGGCCUGCACCGCAAGCCCUCCCUGCCUCCUGGGAGUACCAAGGAGGAGCAGGCCCGCAUGGCCUGGGAGCACGGCCGAGGGGAACAGUGA